AUGCGCGCCGAUACCGAUCGCGCCGAGUCCGACUCAGAUGCUGCCAGCGUGUCUGGCGUGUCGGUUUCGUCGGCCGAGUCCGACUACCUCGACAACACUACAUCACGGAAACGCCGCCGGACAUGCCCCACUGCCGAAGCCAUUCGAGCCGAGCUCGAAGCCGCCGUCGACGACGAUGAGGACGAUGAAGACGACGAGGGCAAUGGCUCUGGGAGCUUCAAGCCCACCAUGACCGCGAUUGCAGCGCCCUCGAGGAUUAAGCGGGCAGCGCAGGCGACCACCAGUGGGACCCCAACUAUCCCGCAGAACCGCAUUCAGGCGCCGGUCGAUCCAAACACAACCUUUUCGUCCCUCCAAGUCCGACCAUGGCUCGUACAGUCACUUGGAAACAUGGCCAUCAAGCGACCAACCGGCAUUCAAAAGGGCUGCAUCCCCGAAAUCUUGAAGGGGAGAGACUGCAUCGGCGGCAGCAGGACCGGUUCCGGAAAGACGGUUGCCUUUGCCGUGCCCAUCCUGCAAAGGUGGGCCGAGGACCCAAGCGCAAUCUUUGGCGUCGUCUUGACGCCCACCAGAGAAUUGGCAUUGCAGAUCUAUGAGCAGUUCAAGGCCAUAUCCUCACCGCAAAGUCUCAAGGCCAUCCUCGUGACUGGUGGAUCGGACAUGCGCGCUCAGGCGAUUGCCCUGUCCCAGAGGCCUCACAUUGUCAUUGCCACGCCUGGUCGCCUUGCAGAUCACAUCAGAACAUCUGGCGAGGACACGAUAUGCGGCCUGAGGCGAGUGCGCUUCGUUGUUUUGGAUGAGGCGGAUAGACUCUUGCAUGCCUCCGGCCCGGGCAGCAUGCUUCCAGAUGUGGAGGAGUGUCUGGGUGUGCUGCCGCCCGCCACGGAGCGCCAGACCCUGCUUUUCACGGCUACCAUUACCCCCGAGGUUCGAGCCCUCAAGAACAUGCCCCAGAAGCCGGGCAAACAGCCGGUCUUCGUUUGCGAGGUCGACACCCAGAUGCUUGCCAUCCCCACGACCCUUACGCAGACGCACAUUCAAAUCCCCGUCACCCACAAGGAGCACUACCUGCACGUCUUUCUUCUUACCGAAGCCAACAAGGACAAGACGGUCAUCAUUUUUUGCAACCGGACUUCAACAGCCGAGUAUCUGCACCACCUGCUCCGGCUCUUGGACCACCGCGUCACCUCGCUGCACUCGAAGCUCCCCCAGCGUCAGAGGAUUGACAAUCUUGCGCGAUUCCGCGCGUCAGCUGCCCGUAUUCUCGUCGCUACCGAUGUGGCGGCCCGUGGUCUGGACAUUCCCGAGGUCAGCCUCGUCGUUAACUACGACAUUCCCCGCGAUCCGGAUGACUAUAUCCACCGCGUCGGUCGUACCGCUCGUGCAGGCCGCAAGGGCGAAGCGGCGACUUUUGUCGGACAACGUGAUGUGGAGCUAGUUCUGGCGAUCGAGAAACGCGUGGGCCGCGAGCUCGAGACCUGGGAAGAGGAGGGCGUUAACCUGGAGACAAGAGUCAUCCGCGACGCGCUCAAGACUGUGAGCGAGAAGAAGCGGGAGGCAUUGCUCGAGGUGGAAGAGGACAGGGAAGUCGGCGGCAAGCGGAAGAGAACCAAGCAGAAGCUUCACGCUGACUAG